AAUACGUGUCACAAGUUGUCAUGUCCUACGUGGAAUAGGCUGUACUUUACCAUCAUUGAAUGGUAUCUAUUGAAUAACAACAUCAGAGUGGAGUGCAGGUAUCGCGACGGAAGACUGGACUCGUCUUGGCUCGGGGUGGGACCUACGAAUUAGUGCUUGACCGGCAUCAGCGUUGAAAUAGUGUUUCUGUGUACAGUCUUUUUUUUAUUAUAAACAGACAUUAAAAUGGACAGUGAACCAGGACCUUCGAGGCCUCGACAGCAGCAAACAUGUGUUGUUGAUAGUGACAAUGAAAAACUAUAUUUCGAAGAUGAUUUUGAGGAAUACUCUGACUUCUCUGAUGAGGUAGAGUCCUCAUCAUUAUCGGAGGAUGAAAAUAUUUGGCCAGUACCGUCUCUAAAUUUUUCUUCUCUGGAUUUCUCUCGGCACAGAGCUACGCAAUCAACUUCUAAUCAGCCUUCAGCAUCGCCAUGGUGUACCAUCGGAAAUGUUCAUAAUCUAAUAUUUACUAAAAACAACUUUUUUCUUGGGCAACGAGCUGGCACGAGUCCUAUUGAUUAUUUUAAUUUCUUUUUUGAAACUGAAUUUCUCCAAAUGAUUUGCGUUGAGACAAACGCUCAAGCAGAAAGACUUUUCUUGAACAACCGUCCGAAAUUUGCUUCGAUGAUUAUAAAUUGGAGGACGUUGACUGUCGGUGAAUUGAAAAUCUUUUUAGGACUACUGUUUCACAUGGGGUCUAUACCUCUUAAUCGCAUACAGGAUUAUUGGAACAUGCACCACCUUUUCUCUAUACCCAUUUUCACUAAAAAAAUGUUACCUAACAGAUUCCUCGGCAUCAUGCGAUGUUUGCAUUUUACUUCAGACACGGAGGGCGAUGCUGUAAAUAAUAAAGGUCGUCACGUGCUCGAUUAUUUCAACAAGAAGAUGGAGGACUGUUACUAUCCUGGUAAAGAGUUAAUAUUAGAUGAAAGCAUGGUCUUGUGUGGAGAUCGUAUGAUCUGCCGGCGAUAUGUCAAGAACAAGCGCUACAAACAUGGAAUUAGAUUAUACAUGCUUGCGGAAUCUAACGGUAUUGUUUUGCGAUUCUAUUUGCAUACCGGCAGCAAAAACGACAAAGUAGAUGGUGAAGGUCAUGCUACAGAAGUAGUUUUUAACCUUUUAAAAAAUUACUUGUACUCUGGGCAUUCAUUGUACAUGGAUAAAUUUUAUAACAGUUACCAAUUAACACGGAAACUUUUAAAGAAAUAUACCUAUUGCACGGGUAUGCUUUCCAAGAACCUAAAACAAAAUCCGACCAUCGCCAGAGCCAAAAUACAGAAAGGAGAAAAUGUUUCAUAUUUUCGCGAAGGUGUCCAUGUAGGGAAGUGGAAAGAUAAAUACAGUGAGUUGUACAUCAGUUCAGAAUAUCCUAACCGAAUGGUAUCUGUUACGAAUACGCGCAAUCAGAUUAAGGAGAAGCCCGAAGCGAUUGCCAAAUAUAAUGAGUUUAUGACUAGUAUAGAUCAUCAAGAACUUAUCUUCUCAUACUACCCAUGCAAGCGAAUGAAACUGCAUUGGUAUGCUAAGAUAGCUAUUCACACUUUUCAUUUAUUAUUGUUAAAUACAUACAAAAUAUAUAACAAAUUUUCAGGACAGCCAAGAAUGUCAUUACACGAAUAUCGCUUGUCAAUUAUAAAUUUAUUAUUGUUCGAAACUGCGCACAAUAUAGCAGUGCAAAACAGAAAUAAUACAAACGUGUUUCAUAGAAUCGGCUUGAUUACUGAACGACUGGAGAAUGGUCCACUAAGGAGGAAAUAUUGCUGUCAAUGUAGUAAAUACAAAAAACUCACGGAGACGAUGUGGCACUGUCCAGCUUGUCCACAAGAACCGGGGCUCUGUGUCGACUGUUUUAACAGUUAUCAUUCAUAUAUAUAGCAAUAUACAAAAUAUGUAAUAUAAAUAAUAAAUUGAAUAACAAACCAUUACAAUAUGCUUCCACUCGGUGCAUUCAAAUUCUUACUAGUUUCAAAACUUUCAAAACUUCUGUUAACUCCUACUAUCUCUACCUUUAGUACAAUUUUCCUGUAUUCUUUCUACA